CGUGCGCGCUCCCCCCGCCGUCUCCACCUCUUCCUCCUCCUUCUCUCCCCUCCUCCUCCUUCUCCUCAUCGGUCAGCUCCUCCCGGAGGAGCCGCCGCCGCCGCCGCCUCGGCCUCCGCCGCUCGUGGUGGGUGCGGAGCCGGUGCCCCUUUGUGAAGCGGCGGCUUGAGGAGAGUCGGGACUCGCCAUGGCGGACGAGAAGCCCAAGGAAGGAGUGAAAACCGAAAACAACGACCACAUUAACUUGAAGGUGGCAGGGCAGGAUGGUUCGGUGGUGCAGUUUAAGAUUAAGAGGCACACGCCGCUUAGUAAACUAAUGAAAGCCUAUUGCGAACGACAGGGUUUGUCGAUGAGGCAGAUCAGAUUCCGGUUCGAUGGGCAGCCAAUUAAUGAAACAGACACGCCCGCACAGUUGGAAAUGGAGGACGAAGAUACAAUUGAUGUGUUCCAGCAGCAGACGGGAGGCGUCUACUAGCAGGAGAGCCGCCACCUUACUCCAGGACUGUGCUCCUCGCCACAUUCACAAUUAGAAAACCGAGAUUUGGUUCUGCCACAUCCUGACUACUGCAGUAUAGUUUUCUCUCUUCUUUGGUAUUUUUUUUUUCUCCCCUCUCUACCUUUAUUGUACAUAAAGUAACUGGUGUAUGUGCACAGACAGAAUGCGUAUUUUUUUUUUAACUAAACGGCCAAUGGUAUGUCUGGAUCAACAUCAACUGGAGUUGGGGAGGAGAGAGGACAAGCUGGCUCUGAGAAAACGCUCCCUGUCUCCAUCUGUGGCAUGCUCAUUCAACUUUUAUCUUUCUAUUCCAGUAAGUUAUUUUGCUCUCACUGUUUAACAAAACAAACAAGCAAAGAAAAAAAAUCCCUCACAUACCUUGUUUAAUUGGAUAAUUUCAAUGUUUUUCUUUUUAUCAUUGUAAAACCAAGGACGAUUUUAUAACUUUUUUGUACGUAGCUGUUACAUGUAGGGCAGUCUCUGUCUUUAAGUAGGGAUAAAUUACUCUAAAGAAAUGGAUCCUAGAUAGUUUUCCCUUCAAAGUCAAGCGUCUUGUUGUUUAAAUAAACUUCUUGUUUAAAAUAA